AUGAAGACGAAUUGCUUUGAAAAGCAACAAAACGCUCUUGAUGAGGUGAAUGAAUACAUCAUCACCUACCUAGACACCUCCCUCCGUAUGAGUGUUCUCGUACAUCACACACCGUCUAGCCGCUUGGCAUACCUGAAACAGUGUUUCGGCCGAUCCUAUGUGCAUGAAGAACAAGUGCGCAUGAAGUGGAAGGUUUUCUCUGCACAGAAACCUAAUGGAGACGUCGAAAAAUGGCUAUUUGACUGGAACGAUUUGAGAGAGCAAGCCAUCAAUCUCCCAGCCGGGUUGUGCCAUCUCAAAGCCUCCAAAAUCAAAUGCUGGUGA